AUGGGGAAUGUUGGAAGUCGUCUGGAUGAUACGGGGACUUUGUUCUUCAAGGAUCAGUCUAGAUUUACCGUUUCGCAUGUUUCGGUCAUCAAUUCGAAGAAUCGGAUUCUGUUGAACCUCGCCCCAAAUGCGUUCCCCGCCACGAGAUACACAGCAAAACGUGAUCUUGGCGAUGACAGCCCAAUUGAAUAUGUACAGGACCCUGACCCCCCUCCAUCCGCCCAGGUGCCCAACUUCAUAUUGCGCCUAAACAACGAAGAUGAGCUACAAUUCAACUUCACCUUUAUCAUGAGACAGACUCAGACCGGCAAUGCUGCGAAUUCCACUGUCAACGGGGUCUCGACAUCUCUACCAGAAGUAACCGACACCGUCCUCACAGGCCUGACGUUCGCGCAUGCGUCGAAUUCCAAGGAACUUGAUAACCUGAUCACUAGAGAGUUCCAUGCAAACCCCAACUUGCAGAAUAACUCGAACGUGCAACUUGUGGGGGACUAUUCUACCGGAGGCAGCCCGUCGGUUCAGUUCGAGUGGUCGUGGAAAUGGAAACCUCCAAAAACGGUUGAAGACAGAGGCGGUGGUUGGCGCAAUAGUUGCAGCUUCCUCGACUAUGACUCGCGGGCGAAUCGCCUGAACACAUUGGCGCAUUUUUCGUUCUGGGUGCAGAACAAUGUCCGCUUACUCCCAAGUCCACAGCUCUUGUCGCCUAACCUUGAUCUUCAUUUUCCAAUUCGCAAUCGCAUGCCGUCGUCCCAUUCAGUUCGUUCACAUGGCAGUGAUGCAGACACAACAGCCAGCACUCAUAUGCCUUUGCGCGCUCCAUCUGAGAACGGCGAUACUAAUGCUAAUAGUAAUGCUAAUAACAACAGCAACACCAAUAAUAAUACUAAUAAUGAUUACCCCCCGCAUCCUCAAGUUCCGCCUCCGCCGCCUCCUGUGAAACUCGACCUUCCAACUUCACGACUUGGUGAGGAUAUGAGUGCCGUUGACGACGGGCCGCUGUUCCGCGCCACAAUGAAAGCGUUGGAACAGAAGACGGGCAACAUGCGGACCAAGAUAAAGAAAGUUCUCAAGAAAGCCGAGGCGGCUCAGCAAGCCCAAAUUGCCUGCAACGAAGCUGUUUCGGGUUUCUUGGGCGCACUGAAUGAGGCCUCCACAUCCAAUGCGAACGCGAUCCAACCUGCUCUCGACCAUUAUUAUGAAAAGAGCGCUCGGCAGAUCCUCAGAUACGAGCAAGUCAAUACGAUCCAGUUGCAAAAGCUGGUCAUUGAGCCUUUGGUUAAACUAUACAACAACGACAUCAAGCAAGCGGAGGCGAAGAAGAAAGAAUUCGAAGAAGAAAGCAGGGACUACUAUGCCUACGUCAGUCGCUAUCUCGGACAGCGACAGGAUUCGCUGAAAGAGAAGAAACGUGUCGAGAGUGAUUCCAAAUACCAAGCCAAGCGGCGUAACUUUGAGCUGAAGAGAUUCGAUUACUCUUCGUUCAUGCAAGACCUGCAUGGUGGUCGUAAAGAACAAGAGGUCCUUUCGCAUCUCACCAAGUACGCAGACACCCAGGCGAAGAAUUUCCUUGCAGCAGCCCACAAAGUCGAGGUCAUGGUUCCUCAACUGGAUGCCCUAGUUCAUGAGGUCACCCAGGCCGACAAGGAGUUUCAGUUUCUUAGGACAGAAAGGGAAGAAAAAAGGAGGGCUCUGGAGAAAAAUAGCAACACGUAUCUCGAGCCGGAGUCGUUUCCGAAUCAGGGCGCCCCAGCAACGUUAUCGGCAACAACAAAUGGGGCUCAAACACAGAAUACGGAAACUGAGCUUGGUCGCGCGGAUAGCACGGGAUCUCAAGUCCGCAACGUGAUCAGCAACACUUCCACCAUGUCGUCACAAACCAACCAGACAGUACUGGGUACGUCUGGAGGAGCAUCCAUUUCUCCUACCGAUGCAAGUGGUCAACAUCGAAAGGAGGGUCUUCUUUGGGCUCUGUCCCGACCUGGAUCUCACAUUGAUCCUAAGGGUAUCAACAAACAAGCAUGGCAUAAGUUCUGGAUUGUUUUGGAUCAAGGGAAACUUUCCGAAUACAGUAAUUGGAAGCAGAAAUUGGACCUGCACAUGGACCCCAUCGAUCUUCGGAUGGCUUCCGUGCGGGAGGCACGGAAUGCCGAACGGCGAUUCUGUUUUGAAGUGAUUACUCCUCAAUACAAGCGUAUCUACCAGGCAACAUCGGAGGAGGAUAUGGCCAAUUGGAUCCGGGCCAUCAACAAUGCCCUGCAAAGCGCUGUCGAGGGCCGUGUCGUACCACCUCAAUCAGCGGUUUCGUCCAAGAAUGACGGCACCGGCCGCGACAUCGGUUCCGUUUUUACUGGGAAAAGCUCGUCAUAUUCGGGCCAUCAUUCGAACUCUACGGGAUCAAAUACCGUGAAUCGCCGGACGACUGUCGGAGCACGGCCCGGCUACGUCCGUACUGAUAGCAACAGUUAUGACGAGGAUCCAGCAAAGUUGCUUCAAGCCGUCCGCAAUGCGGACCAGGGAAACAAUUGGUGCGCCGAUUGUGGGUCAAAUUCAAAAGUCGAGUGGGUAUCGAUCAAUCUGGGAAUCAUCCUGUGUAUUGAGUGCAGUGGUAUUCACCGGUCUUUGGGAACGCAUAUCUCGAAAAUUCGGUCUCUAACGCUGGACGUCCAUUCGUUUUCAAACGACAUUGUCGAGAUCCUCCUUCAGGUUGGCAACCGGGUCAGCAACAUGGUCUGGGAGGCCAUGUUGGAUCAGUCGCUGAAGCCGAGUGCCAGCUCGACUCGUGAACAGCGCCUGAAGUUUAUUAGCGCCAAAUAUAGUGAGCGGACCUAUGUGCAACAGCUGCCAUCCCCACGUUCCCGGUUCACGACACCGGAUGAGUCACUUUUGGCCUCGAUUAAAAAGCAUGAUAUCCAGGGCGUGCUCUAUGGCAUUGCUCUGCGUGCCAAUGUCAACGUGACGGACCGCUCCCGCAAUACCCACGCAGUAUUUCUCGCUCUGGCCGCGGCCGAUCCCGCAUCUCCUGGCUCGACGCCGACAAGCAGUGCAUCUUCGCGGCCCAGUACGGCCACUUCAAUUAAGGCAAUUCCGUUUCCCGUUGCGGAAAUACUCGUCCAGAAUGGAGCCGAAAUUCCAUUACAGCCUCCACCAAUCCCAUUAUCACCAGCAGCGCAACUAUACCUUAGCCAGCGAACUAGUCGAAUGCCUCCACCGAUCGGUGUGGGCGCCGGUAGGACGACUGCUGAUACGCUGGGAACCCUCCCGACAAUUCGGAAUGAUUACCCAGGGUCAUCGUCACAUACACCGAGCAGUUCUCUCGAUAAUUCCAGCAGGGACCGGGAGAAAUUGCAUAAACGAGGGAGCGCUGGUGCACGGUUUGCCGGCAAAGUAGCUUCGCUCGGAAUCGACCGAUGA